AUGCUUUCCUUUUUUUCAGUGCUUUCAAUUAGUGGAACCACCGUUACAGUUCCACCAAUUGAGUAUAAAGACGUCAACGUAAAAUAUGAAUCCUACCAUUCUUACGCUACUUUGGCUACACUAGAAAAAGUUUUAGUCCAAAGUAAAUAUCUUACACCAGAGUUAGCCAAAAAGGCCGCCCAGAAAAUGAAAUUCGCAACAACUUCAUCAACACUCGAGCAUACGUUCACAAUGGACAUUGAUCCUAAAAAUACAACAAUCAGAUUUGCUUCAAGAAUUGCAGGAAAAGUUACCAUCUCAAAGAACAAGAACAGCCUUGAUAUCAACAUUAAGAGAACUGUAACUACAUGCAAAGUUAUCUCCCAAAUUGUUACGACAAGAUGCAAAUCUUUCCUUUGGUGGGAGUGGGAUAAAAGCAUUGAAAUCCAAUGGAGACCAUUGGAAGGCAAGGACUUGGAAGAUCUCGCCGAUUACUUAGGAAGUGUAUCUAAUUACCAGAAAUAUUUCUCUAAUUAG